AUGUCAACCGAAGAAAAUUCCGUUGAUAUUAACAAUCCAGAUAAUAUCAUUAAAAUUUUAAUUGCAACUGAUAUUCACCUUGGUUUUGAAUAUAGUAAAAAAAGAGGUCAGGAAAUAGACGAUAGCUUCAUAACUUUUGAGGAAAUACUACAAUAUGGUAAAGAACAUGAAGUAGAUUUUGUACUUCUUGGUGGAGAUUUAUUUCAUGAUACUAAACCAUCACAAACUGCAAUAUUAAAAUGCAUGGAAUUAUUAAGAAAGUACUGUUUAGGUCCCAGAGAAAUCAAGAUUCAAUUUUUAAGCGAUCCUGAAGUUGUAUUUGGUCAUUGUGCUCAUAAAACAGUGAAUUAUGAGGAUCCAAAUUUAAAUAUCAGUAUGCCAAUAUUCUCCAUUCAUGGAAAUCAUGAUGAUCCAAGCUUUGGUGCUGUUGGAUCAAUGGAUUUGUUAUCAGCAUCUGGUUUUGUAAAUUAUUUUGGGAAGUGGACUGAUCUUACUAAGGUAUCAAUUGCUCCCUUAGUUAUAAAAAAAGGUGAAACUCAUGUUGCACUUUAUGGUUUAAGUUACAUAAAUGAUCAAAGGCUAUCACGUUUGAUUAGAGAUCACAAGAUGGAUUUGCUGCGUCCAGCAGACAUACCAGAUUGUUAUAACAUAUUUGUUUUACAUCAAAAUCGUGUUGUACAUAAGGAGUAUGGCUACAUUCCAGAAUCAAAACUGCCAAAUUGUCUUGAUUUUAUUUUGUGGGGUCAUGAACAUGAAUGUCGUAUUAUUCCAGAACAAGUUCCAGAUGCUAAUUAUUAUAUUUGCCAACCUGGAAGUUCUAUCGCAACAUCUUUAUGCGACGGUGAAGCAAAACCUAAACAUGUCGGCAUUUUGAGUAUAAGUAAAAAGAAAUUCAAACUAAAACCAUUACCAUUGAAGACUGUCAGACCAUUUGUUUUUGAUAAUGUGAUUCUUAAAGAUCAUGAAAUAGAAAAAGAUUUAAGUCGACCAUUGGCUGUAUCCGUAUGCAAUUUUAUCGAUCGCUAUAUAGAAAAUGAGAUUAUACGAAAAGCUGCCCUGCUGCUAACAGGACAUCCUAAACAACCAAUCCAGCCUUUGAUUCGUUUAAGAAUAUUCUAUAGCAAUGAGGGAGAAAUAUUUGAUGGAAUGCAAUUGGCACAGAAAUAUUGCGAGCAAGUUGCUAAUCCCAUGGAGAUGGUUUUGUUUCGUAAAGAAAGCAGUAUUAAUAAAAAAUCAAAAUCAAAUGUAUCAAAUUUCAAUGAUGAUCUUGCAGAUAUGGCUCAAAUAUUUGAAUAUAAUGACGAUGUAGAUUGGAUUAAAUCUGUACAGGGAGGUAUCAAGAACCAUUUUAGUUUAGAACAAAAUAAAGAUAAAUUAACAGUAUUAUCAGUGAAUGGUUUAAAUGAAGCAUUAAAUCGAUUCAUUGAUAGAGGAGAUACAGACGCUUUUAAAGAUAUAGUAAGUCAUCAGAUGAAGAAGACCAUAAGUUAUUUAGAAACUUGUAACGUCAAUGAUAGCGAAAGCAUUGUCAAAGAAAUAAAAUGUUUACGGGACAAAAGAAUGGAAAAAGACGAAGAAGAACAAAUGGAGAUACAUAAAUUCUUUAAUGAUUCAAAUAAGGAAACGGCUUCAAACAAUGCUUUGGACAUAACUGACAGUGACGAGGAUAGUGAAAGAAAUACAGCAGCUAAAGGCAAAGGUACGAGAGGUAAAGCAGGUACUAAAGGUAGAGGCUCACGAGGAGGUGGUCGUGGCACAAAAAAAAGUUUACCGGCUGAAACUUCAUUAAAAGCUUGUAUGAGAACAGGUUUACAGAGAAUUAACAAGAAGAGAAAUGUCGAAAAUAUUGUUAUAGAUGAUUCUGAUUAA